UGCGCGGGCGCAGCGGCGUGCGCACAGUGGCAGUAGCGCGACCAGCCCCGACCGGCAUACACGAUGAUCGCGCUCGCGCUUGCUGCCGCCUUCUUGAGCGCACUGGCUGGCCAGCUCGGCGCUGGGGCGAGCCUGCAUUGUGCCUUGAGACGCGAAAUUUCCCCGUGCACGUGUCGACGCGAAGACGUCGGUACCGGUGCCAUUCUCGUCAUUUGUCAACGAAUUAACUCGUAUGAAGACAUCGCUCGAGCCCUCACCAACAAGUUCAGCCCUGAAACAAAAAUCGGUCUUGAUAUCUCCUAUUCUCAGCUGCCUGAUUUUGCAAACCACAGCUUCCGCGAGCUGGGCCUUUCCAUAACGAGGCUCAAACUCAACUUCGACAACCUAAGUGAACUAAAAGAGAGCGUGUUCACAAAGCUGGACUUGGUGGAUUACUUCAGCCUAGCAGAUAACUUUUUGACGGAAAUGCCUCGUCACGUCUUGCGACACCUUCCCCACGUGAAAACUCUCGACCUCUGCAGAAAUAAAAUCACCAAAUUGACUGAGGAAGACUUCAAAGACAUUCAGGAAGUUGAGCACUUGGUUGUAGCUGAUAACCAAAUAUCUAAGAUUGAAAGACACGCAGUACCCAAGGGCUUAAAACAUGUUCAUUUAGGAAUCAAUAAAUUAAACACUUUAAAUGGAGCAUUAAGAGAUCUAGAUAAUUUGGAGUGGAUUUUUAUUAACGCCAAUAAUUUAAAAACAAUUGAAAAUGAGCUUCCAGUGAAAGCUAAAAAAAUCGUGCUUAUUCACGCUGCACACAAUGAACUACAAAGUUUACCAAAGGACUUAAGACUUAUGCCUUCUCUUGAAUGUUUAUACUUCUACGAUAAUAAUAUUAAAACACUAGAUGGCGCCUUGCAAAAAUCUCGCAGUCUAAUGAGGAUAGGUCUAUCGUUUAAUAAAAUUGAAACAUUGGCUGAGAAUGAAUUUGCAGAAGCGGAAGUUUUAGCUGAUUUAGAUAUUGCCUACAAUCAACUUCGAUCUUUAAAUGGAUCACUAAGAAGUCUUAAAUCGUUACGUUACUUAAAUUUAACCCACAACAGCUUAACUGAAUUCUCUUUACAAGAAAUCAAAGGGCUGAAAAGACUGUCUGUGAUAGAUCUUUCGCACAAUAAAAUUUCACGUAUUACAGGCAACAUGGAGAAUCUUGUCGACGUUGAAACACGAGUCCUAGAGUUACGGUUAGACCACAACUAUAUUCUUAACUUGGGAGGAGCAUUAAUGGGUCUGCAUGGUCUUAUGCGUCUUAACUUAAGCCACAAUCAAAUACAACAAAUAUCACCAGACGAUUUAAUUGGCUUAGAAGACCUAAGAUUACUCGAUGUGUCUCACAAUCACAUAACAUCUUUAGAAGAAACUUCAAAGACGUUUUUGCCUUCUCUGGAGGAACUCAUCGCCCAUCAUAACAAUAUAACUUAUCUGGAUAAAGAUUUUCAUGGACUCCCUUCACUGUGUAUUGCUGAUCUUUCGUAUAACAAGAUUAAAACUGUGAAUUAUGAAGUAGUUUCGAAAUCAAGAUGUACAAUUAAUGGAGUUCCCAGUAUAUUGAAGAUAUAUCUUCAAGAUAACCCUGUAUUAUGCGAAGAACGCUUGUAUGAGCUCGUAGCUAUACUGGAAAGUUUGAACGCGCGAGUCAGUGGCGUAUCGACUUGUGUGAAUACACAAACUUCAGCACCUGUUCUCAUGAAGGCGCUCAAUGAUAUAGUUCCAGACACGCCAGUUAUUGUUGUAACACAUACAGGUGUGGGGAUGCUUGAAGGGAGAGAGCUUCAACCAUCUCAGCUUGCAUACCAACGAGUCGGUGCUUUAAUUGGGCACGUUUUACCAGAACGCGAGGGUGGAUUGCCGGUACUGGUAGAGCCACCAAUCACAUUGCCACCCGCGGGCACUAACGUAGUGAUUAAGUGGCCCGAUGACAGAAGAGAAAAGCCCCAUCCCCUCGCAGAUCAUCUCCGCCUACGUGAUCUUAACUCCUCAACGCAAUGAAUGUGUCAAAGCAUCGGCGUCGCUCACCGACGCCAUCGAACUGAGUGCUUCGCCGUAGAUAUAUGCUGCCUCUACUGACUUACAAUAUAGGUCAGAGUGUGUUCUGAUUUGAUUGGAUACAAGAAAUAUUUUCAUUAUAAGCCUUCGUGAUAUAUAUGUAUAUGUAUGCAUAUGUAUAUAUAUGUAGAAGGUAUAGUUACCGAUGCAUAUUUUAUUUCUUCACAUUUUUGUUAACAGGACGAGCGAUACACGUGCUAUAUGUAACUACAUUUAUAAGCCUAGCAUAGAAACUGAUGUUUGCGUAGGUAUUGUUAAUCGUCAUCGUAUGACCGUUUGAGUGAAUGUGUAUACGGCGUAUUUUCCAAUUAUUUCGGUGACUUACGUAUUAGAACAAUUGUUUAUAAUGAAAUAUUAGCAUAUCGACGCUUAAUUAACACGUAGAAGUGUCGCACUCUUGGGCUACUAAUAAAACAAGUGUAUAAACAAUGAAUUUUGUACCUAAAAUAAUUUAUGUAACGUAAUAUUAAUAGUAAUUAUAAUUAUUAUAGGCGUUAGUGUAAUUUAUAUUGGCGAUUAACGUAGCGUAGAAGCAAUGUAUAUUUACCAAGAUGUAAUAAAUAUUUUGCUUCUGAUAAUACUAAUAAAAUUUCUGUUGGCAAUUUAUUUGCAACAACUGAAUCAUAUUCAAUAUAUUAGAACUUUACUAGGUAUAUUCAAUAAAUGUUCUUUAAAAUUCUUCCUUUAUAGUAUCUAUAACAAUAAUGUGUAAUGAUUACUUCAAGUAGUUUUUCUCUCAUCCUUUGCUCAGUUUGAGAUCAAUGUUUGUAGCUUUGUACGAAAUAAAAUAAAUAUUGUAAUUGUUGUUUGGAAUAAAUAAUACACUGUGAAGUA